AUGAUUCAUAUCUGUGACAAUUCUGUUUCCAGGUCAUUGUGUGUAGAUAUUUUAAAGCACUACAAGCGUGUUCAUCUGGAAUGCCACGGGGCACAACAAAGGUUGUACAGCUGCAUGGUGAUACUGGAGAUGUCCGGACCCGUCAAUAGUUGCUCCCUGAAUAAACUUAUGCAACAACUCAUUGCCCAAAACAAUGACAUUACAAAUGAAAGGCCACUUACACGCAUGGUUGUUUGUGGUUCUCCUGGUUUGGCCGUCAGUGCUCUGUUGGCGUCCAACCUGACCUGGGUUGACAGUGACCUGCAGACCUCUGAUGUGUGCACAGCUGACCGCCCUCUGCUUAAAUGUGAGGCGAAUGAGAGCCUUGCUGUACUUCUGACUGAUAGCUGCCCUCCAGAGCCGACCACAACAAUGCAAAGCACAACUCAGUCUUCCAAUCUGACCACCAACAACAACGUCACUACAACUGCUGAAACCUUAACACCAUCGGUGACCAACACCACUGAACAAACUCACACGACAACUGAAAAUACUACAACAGUUCAACAGACAAAUACAUCACAAGGAACAGCUCAGCCUAACAUGACAACUCCGAUCACAACAAUUAACAGCACACAGUCAUCAACAGCACAGCCUGUCCUCCAAACCAGCUCACAGAACAUGACAGUGACUGUCUCUGACAGGACAACAACACAAAACACAACUGUAUCUGCCAACACAACGUUGUUGACACCUACUGUAGAUACAGAACUGCAAAACACAACCACAGCACCCCCAAACACAACAGAAUUUACAACAAUAUCAUCUGUCAACUCAACAUUACAAAUGAAUUCAACUGCUCCCAUUGAUUCAACACUUAACACAACUACACUGUCUCCAAAUCACACAACAGAGUACAAUGUAACUACAGUUACAUCUUCAACCAAUCACACAACAGUCAACAAUGUAACUACAAUUACAUCUUCAACCAAUCACACAACAGCAUACAAUGUAACUACACUUCCAACUUCAACCAAUCACACAACAGUGUACAAUGUAACUACAAUUGCACCUUCAACCAAUGACAUUUCACCUUCAACCAACCGCACAACAAUGCAAAAUGUAACAGCAGUUACAGCUUCAACCAAUCACACAACAACAUACAAUGUAACAACAGUUACACCUUCAACCAACCACACAACAACAUACAAUGUAACAACAGUUACACCUUCAACCAACCACACAACAACAUACAAUGUAACAACAGUUACACCUUCAACCAACCACACAACAACAUACAAUUUAACAACAGUUACACCUUCAACCAACCACACAACAACAUACAAUGUAACAACAGUUACACCUUCAACCAACCACACAACAACAUACAAUGUAACGGUUACAUCAUCAGUCAAUUACACAACAGAGUACAAUGUAACUACAGCAAGAAACAAUUACGCAACAACCACAAACAAUUACACAACAGUUUUCAAUGUAAAUGCUACUGACAGUAUUAGGAACUUACACAAUAGUACGAUUACAACAAGUAACGCAACUGUAGCUACAUUCACAGCUUCUCCCAAUGACACAACUGUAAAUAAUGCCACAACAGUUUCUUACAAUUACACAAAUAAUGUAACCACCACUACUGUCUCUCAAAACAAAACAGCCACAGACAACGUAACCACUGCACCAAUCAGGGAAACACAACAGAACACAACUACUCCUGGUGAAAACAGGACAACAGCUACCACUGCUAGACAAGUAAACGUAACUCUUAUUGCAACAACAUCCACAAAAAACACAACUGCGGACGCUUUGACGUCAGUGAUAGCCAGCACCACUACACCCACAGUAGCUCCAGUGAACAAUCAGACUAGAAAUCACACCACAGCAAGAGUGACCAACAGCAUCACAACAACCAACAAGAAAGACAACUUCACCACAGCUGCCACUGUCGUCAGUACCAUCGUUGAUGUCAAUCAAACUGCAGGAAUCAGCUUCAACCUGAGCUCCACUACCAGCAGACCAACCACCGACUCAAACCUGACAACCAAAGGACCAGGAGUCAAUCUGACAACUACAGCAGCAACCACUACCCCCGAAACUACAACUUCGGCCACAACUACUACACCUAUGCAUGGUACACUUCCAGCCCAGAUUAACACCACUACUGCAGAGGUUUCCUUGACUCCUUCAACAACAACUCUCCAAACUACUACACUCACCAUGACAACCACAACAAACCCUGGUACUGGAACUCCCUCCACAACCAUUAAAGCGACAACUACAAGCCAAGAGACCCAGGAGGAACAAGCAAACGAGCUGCUUAAUCAAACACAGGAUGCGUCUCAGCUCAACUCCUCUCAGGUGGCUCAGUUGGUGGGGAACUUAGAGAAGCUUUUAGAUGGACCCACUGUCUCUCAGGCUGUGGGACAGAAGGCCGUCAAUGUAAUCAGCAACCUGAUGGAGGGAAACUCACAGGCCCUCUCUGCAUCUGCUAACAGGCUGAUUCAACUGGUGGAUAACCUUGGUCUUAAACUGGUUGUUGCUGGCGACAGAGAGAUCCUCUCUGCAGGAUCUCUGGUUCUGGCAGUGAGGAAUGUCGAUGGCGCCAACUUUCCAAUAACAAAUGUCGACAUUUUCAACACUGAUAAUGUCCAGCUCCGUGCCCGCAGUAGAUCCCGGUCCAAGAGGUCAGACUCUGCUCUGGGGUCUGUGUUCUUACCCUCCUCCCUCACCAAUGGUCUCAGUCCUGAGCAGCAGCAGCAGGCCAACAGGGUCCAGUUCACCUUCUACACCAAAUCUGCCCUCUUCCAGGAUGCAUCAUUAAAAAACGAAACCAGUGUAAGUCCAGUCCUGGCUGCCAGUGUGUCCAAUCUGUCAAUAAGUAACCUGAAUGAGAACAUUCAGUUUACCAUCCGAAACAUCAACCCCAUACAUGGAAACUUUGUGGCCUCCUGUGCAUUUUGGGACUUCAGUCAGAAUGGUGGUGGAGGAGGCUGGAGCUUUGAUGGCUGCUCUCUUGUUAAUGCCACAGCAGAGAAAACAACCUGCAGCUGCAACCAUCUCACAUCCUUUGCAAUUCUGCUGGAUUUGUCCAGAGAGGGAAUAAUUGACCGUCAGCACGCUCAAAUUCUUACUUUCAUCACCUACAUCGGCUGUGGAAUCUCUGCAAUCUUCCUCGCUGUCACCUUACUCACAUAUCUUGCAUUCCCAAAACUGCUGCGGGAUAUUCCUGCCAAGAUUCUGGUGCAGCUCUGUCUGUCCCUCCUCCUCCUCAACCUGGUCUUCUUGCUGGACGGCUGGCUGGCGCUCUACCCAGCUGUCGGGCUCUGCAUCAGCACCGCCUUCUUCCUGCACUACUUCCUGCUGACAUCAUUCACCUGGGCGGGGCUUGAAGCGCUGCACAUGUACCUGAGCAUCGUGCAGGUGUUCACCCCCUACCUCAGCAGAUACAUGCUCAAGUUCUCUCUGUUAGGCUGGGGUAUCCCUCUUCUCGUGGUGAUCGUUGUCAUAGCUGUGGACAAAGAUAACUAUGGUUUGGUCACAUAUGGACGAUACUCUGAUGGCUCUUCAGAUGACUUCUGUUGGCUUCGUAAUGACAUCGCCUUCUACGUGGGCGUGGUGGCCUACUUCCUCCUGAUCUUUUCUCUGUGCCUGCUGGUCUUCAUCGUGGUCAUGGUCCAGCUGUCCCGGAUCAAGAAGCAGAACCCCCAGAACCAGCCCCCCAACAGGGGCGUGAUGACAGAUUUGCGCAGCAUCGCCGGCCUCAUCAUCCUGCUCGGCCUCACCUGGGGCUUCGCCCUGUUCGCCUGGGGACCCCUCUACUUACCCUUUGUUUACCUUUUCUCUAUAUUCAACUCCCUGCAAGGUUUCCUUGUCUUUAUUUUCCACUGUGCUGUGAAGGAGAAUGUCCGCAGGCAGUGGAGAACUUAUCUUUGCUGCGGGAAACUGCGACUGGCUGAAAACUCAGAAUGGAGUCGGACGGCCACACAGAACAACAGGACGUCAGUUGCCACAGCGACCACCUCAGCUCCCUACAUCACCUCCCCGAGGUCCUCCGUCGCCAGCGACGGCGCCAACAGUAACGACUCUGUGUUUGCGGACAGCGGAAUAUCUGACACCAGCGACACGGCCCUCAACAGACGAAACCCAUCACUGUGAGGCGUGGCGGCCUGACAACUGUGUCAAAGCAUCCGUUUGUGAUUAUUAUAAUUAUGUACUCUGAGAGAGCCGAGAGAUUAGUCAUCUCUUGCAGCUCGGCUAAACAAAAGACAAACACUAAUCACAGGAGUGGACGCUCACAGAAAUCAGUGUUACAGGUGUGAUGAAGGACAAGAGAAGUGAGACUGAAGUAGCUUUAGUGAGAUUAUAUUUUAUUGCUUGAAUGCAACAAGUGUAACUUGAUGCCUUUUCUACAUUAACAGUUGAAUAUAUGAACACAGAAGUAAUGUUGUAAGCAGUGGGAGGUGUAAAGUUGGCGUGUUUCUGACUGAAAAACUGAAUUAUUUCACUGUUACAGCUGUGACUCGGUGUUUGUGCACACUGUAUAGCUUGUUUCAAAGCUCUUAGAGUUAUUACUGUAAAGGAUUACUGUUACUUUUAGUCCGCGAGAAAGAUUUUGGCGUGUUUAUGAACGAAACUGCAUUUUAUUAGCAGCCUAGAACUAACACUGUCAACACUGUGUGGAUGAUUUGGAGGCUAUUUUUUUUAUGUUUUUUUUGUUGUUGUUGUUUUUUAAACAAACUUAAAUGGAAAAAAAUGAAGAGAUUUCCAGUGGGUUUACAAAGCUUGACUAACCUCUAUUUUUAUACAAGAGUCCAGAUUCCCAAGGCACUCUGAGAAGGGAUCAAGGUGGAUUGAAGGAAAAGUUGCACACACCAUAAGUUAACUGCUCGAUUUUAAUUGGAUGAUAUAAUUGUACUGCACCUU